UUCUAAUUCAUCUAAUUCUAAUUUUUUAAGCUCUGACUAUUAAUAUUUACAGAUCAAGUAGAGUAGCAUAGAAAUAAUUGAAAAUGAAGUUUAACGUAAUUCUUGCUAGUUUAACCAUUGCUGCUGUUGCUAAUGCUGCUGCCCUUAGGAAAUUCAAACCUGAAUUUACUGACGAAAAACAAAUUUGGCCAUCACCACCAUCACCACCACCAGUUCCUUCUGCUCCUUCAGAUGAGUUCUUCAAAGAAAACCCAUUUUGGGCUUGGUGGUUCUUGUCUUUCUUCGAUCAUGGCUUACCAGGUAAAGGAAAGCCAGGUCAUUUCUCACACUAUGAAAACUUUACUCACCAUCACCCAGAACCAACUUUCUCAUUCCCUCACCCAACUCAUUUCUCCCUUCCACCUUUGCACUCAUUCUCCUUCCCACCAAUUCCAACUGAUUUCAGUUUCCCACCAUUCCCAACUCAUUUUACUUUCCCUCCAAUUCCAUCCAAUUUCAGUUUCCCACCAUGCCCAACUGACUUCACUUUACCUCCAUUACCAACUGACUUUUCUUUCCCACCAAUCCCAACUGAUUUCAGCUUCCCACCAAUCCCAACCGACUUCAGUUUCCCAACUUUCCCAGCAUUUACUACUCCACAUCCAACCCUUAAAGUUCCUAGUUUACCAACUGUGUUCCCAACUCCAAAAGCUCCAUCCUUCCCAACAGAAAAGUUCCCAACCUUCCCAACUGAAGUUCCAGAACCUCCAAAAGUUGCUUUUCCACCAAAGAUCACUAUUCCAAAACCAGAAACAACUCAAGAAGCAAAGUUCCCUGGUGGCUUCUUUUAAGUGACUUGACUUGAAUUUACUUUAUACAAUAAUAGGUUUUAAUUACUGGCUUUGGUUUACUUUUGGAUUUGUCUGAUAUUCUUAAAAUAAAAAAUACUAUAAAAGGUCAAUAAAGUUUGCUAUUGCUAAUUUACAGUAGUAUAUUUUAUUUACUUUUCUUUCCUUCUUGAUUCCAUUUCUUCUUUGACUUUCUUCACAUUAUCCAUGAAAACAUGGUAAUGCUUAUUUUAUUUUAUUUCUGUUUCUUAGUCACUUCGGUGAAUUGCUAACAUUAUUAGAUUUCAAUUCACUUCCCUUUAAAUUACUUUCGAAUUAC